AUGACCGAGCCUGCAUGGACAUGUUCCUUUGAAAAAGCGCUUCUGACUGGAGGCCUAGCUGAGGCCAACCAAGGCUCUGCCGAGAUCCUAGAUGUCGAGCCGGACGAUUUCGUCAGGUUCUUAGAGUAUGUGUAUCGCGGCGAUUACACCGUACCACCCUGGACAAUUGACGAAUCAGCGCUGGCGACGAGCGACGUCGAUGCUCCAGAGGAGGAACCUGUUCCUGAUGCACCAACGUCUCCAACCCCUGAUGACGAAUCUGGGUCUGUGUUUGCAGAGUCGACAGAUGGGUGGGAACCUUCUGUUCCGGCUGAUCACGUACUGCCAGUCGAAAAGGCCAAACAGAAAAAGGAGCGAGAUAUGUUGACGCUGCGUUCCACUUUUCAAGAGCGCUCGUAUGUCACGGACGGAGCGCCCAACGCUCAAAUAUCUGAAAGCUUUCGACCAAAGCCGAACUCUGCGGUCGACCAGGACUUCACGACCGUAUUUCUAGCUCACACUCGGCUUUACAUCUUCGCUGAGAUGCGGCUGAUCUAUCCGUUAAGGAGUUUGACGCUCCAAAAGCUACACAAGUCGUUGAUCGGCUUUCAGCUAUACAACCAGCGAGUCGGCGAUGUAGUAAAACUUGCUCGAUGGGCAUACGAACAUGGAACAGAUCGUUCGAAAGGCGGUGCCAUAAACGAGCUGAGACAGCUGGUGGUGGAGUAUAUGGCCUGCGAAGUCGACAUUAUCGGAAAGCACAAAGACUUCAAGCUCCUGCUCGAAGAUGGCGGCGAAUUCGUGACCGACUUCUGGGGCGUCGUGUCCAAGUACCUCCUAUAGUUCCAAACCCCACCUCUUCAUAUUAGCUUAUCAUCGUACCAGCAAGCUCGCGUCAUCCCUCCUCUUAUAGUUCCAGAAUCCAGCUCAUCAUAUCAUUCCACC